GUUGCAGCGCGUUAGUCCGAUCGGUCGGUUCACUAUCUUCGAACCGGGUCCCUUCCAUCACUUCUGCAUGGUGAAACAGUGUCCAGUGUGUCACGCGUGUUUCAUUGAUACUACGAUAGUGGCAGCAGGUGAACAAUCUACCCAAAAUAGUGCAAGUGAUUUUAAUGUGUUAAAGCAACAGAAGAAACAGAACUUAAAAGUGUGAAGUGUGGUAAAACCUAGAACAUAUCACUGCGAACAGUGUGUGGUAAGUUACGUGGAGCGAGAUGGCCUCAGAAUUGUGGAAGCGUUCAAUGGUGCUGGCAACACUGGUGGUGGUGCUGAUGCUGCUACCAGACGGCACAGUCCCGGUGGUCCAGGCUCAACAGUCAUCCGACCGGACCGGCGCCAUCAUCUUCCCGGACGAGCUCAGCACCCGGUACGAGCAGGAGCGGGAAACGCUCGCGAAGGAGAAGCGCGAAUCGUCCCGGCGCCGCACUGACGAGGCAAGUGACGAAUGGGAUAAAGAUGACGCCCGCUAUGAAUAUGACAAUGGUUCGGAAGAAUUCUACGGGCUACCCGUCGAUUAUGCACGUCAGCUGUCCGAACUCAACUCUACCACUGACAUACUGAACCUGCUCGAUCCAGACUCGAUAGACCAGCGUGUUUUUAUGGAUGGCGGAGAAUACAGUGGACGUGACAUUGGAGUUAACCCGGUACCGGCGUCGUGCGAACCGGAUUCGCAACUCGUUAGUCUACGGCCCGAAAAUCUGACCAGUCCACGCUUCUACUUCUAUCCUUCCUGCACGCGUGUGAAGCGUUGCAGUGGCUGUUGCAAUACGAACCAGCUCGUCUGCGAACCCGUCGCAAACCGUACCAUAAUUUACAAGGUAAAUAUCCUGGAGUAUCGCAGUGGCAAGCGGGAUAAGUUCUCGCAUCUCGAGCUGGUACCGGUGGAGGAACACGUCCGGUGCAAGUGCCAGUGUCGCGUGAAGGAGUGGCACUGUACGGAUAAGCAGGUGUACAAUCCGAACAACUGUCGGUGCGAGUGCACCAACAAGGAGGACCGGAACCGCUGUCUCCAGGAUCGGCAGAUCAAGCAGUGGAACCCGAACACGUGCACCUGCGACUGUCUGCCACGGAACGAGGAGUGUACCAGCGGUUCGCACUUUGAUCGUAGCGCCUGCAAGUGUCUACCGAACGAAUUCUACGCAUAUGACGGGGUUGCAUCGUACUGGGACCACCAUCAGCAGCAGCAGCAGCAACAGCAGCGACCCAUCUCCCUAGCGCGCUCUGCCGCUUCCGGGUAAGGGAAGCGUAGCCUAGAGUAAGGGCAUACGGGAAGUACCCCCGGAGAUCGUCGACCACCAGUCGAACGGUUCCACUUCCAGACUGGCCCGGUGCUGUUCAGUCACGCACCUUUUUAACAUUACCAAAACCAGAAGAAAGAAACUCUUCCUAGAUUAAUGCAUGUACCGUUCGCGGCAUGUGCGCCUACGCUGAUAGUUGUAGACAUUAGAGCAAAAGCAGGACCUAGAAUAAGCUUAGUGUGAUGGAACGGAGACGGACGGAGACGGUGGGACGUUGAUAAGUUUGUUACUCUCCCGCGUUCGAAGCAGCAGCAGUAAUGGGUUUUUUUGCAGAGCGUGUUGCCGGCCUUGAUAGGCGAUGUGAGGAGUGAAGCAGAAACCAUGGCCGGGACGCUCCCGGAACCAAUCACUGGAGGACCGUCGGCGUCUGAUCGUGAAACCGAUCCCGGUGAUAACUGAUCCGUAAGGAAGAUUGCAACAUCAACAGGGCACGCGACGACACGACUGAAGUGAACGCAAGCAACUGGAAACGAUUAGAGGAUACGAACGAAACUGGCGGCCAUUUUUUUAAUGUAAGACACGCAACGUACAAUUCAAGCUCUCCCGGUUAAGCCAUUACAGAUGCAUUUCUAUACCCGCUUUCCUUGUUCCUGCAUUACUUUGCUGAAGAACUCCACAAACAAACAAAAUGGCGGACUGGGAAUGAAAAACAAAAACGCUAUAAUAAAUUAACACAAACAAACGGAACUGCUUGCGGAUAGGAUAGCGACGAUCGUGAUGACGCCCUUUAAUGCUUGUGGAUGAGUCAGAUGAGUCAAAAUGACUAAUACUAUUUAUGGUACACCGGUACGAUGCGUGCAAUUCUUUGCAAUAUGGCGUCCGAUUCGAAUUUAGUAUUGUAAGUGUGUGUCAGAGCGAGAGAGAUAGAAAGAGGGAGAGUAAACAAAACGUACAAGUAAGAAUACUAUGUCCAUGCCGCAGCGUAUUGCGAUACAGUUCAUUCCCUUUAUUCCCUUUUUCCCACUAAAGUGGCAUCACCAUAAACACAUCCCUACGUGAAAAAAAAACACAAACGUUUUGAUAUAAGAAAAAAGUAUACUUCUUCCAAACCCCCUCCCUUGGCGGUGGGAAAAAAGGUUAGGCAUCAUCAGUUUGUGCUAAUAUAGGAACAUUCUAUUUGCUAAGCUAGUGUGAUUCCGACAAAUACAAUAGUAACUUAAUG